AUGGCGGGGGUGAAAGAUAUUGACAUUAAUGAGAAAGAGAAAGACCUCAAGGAGUCUCCUUCUCAAUCGAAUACUAAUGACACUGACGCCGAAGGCGAUGUCCUCCGUGCCGCCGGUAUCGAUCUCACCCAGGAUGAUAACACUGAGAAUAUUUUGACCCUUCGCAUGUGGGUGCUUGCCAUUGGCUUCUGCAUCGUUGCAAGUGGUCUCAACACCCUCUACACCCUACGACAGCCCUCUUUGACCAUUUCUGCAAAUGCUGUUCUUCUAUUAGCCUACCCUUUGGGAAAGCUGUGGGAGAAGGCUGUGCCCGCUUGGGAUGUGCCCUUGCGGGCUUGGUCUUUCAGUCUCAACCCGGGACAUUUCAGUACCAAGGAACACACCUUGAUCUAUGUCAUGUCGAACCUGAGUAUCUACGUUCGUCUCGGUGCCGAUGUCUUGGUGGAACAGGAAAAGUUUUAUGGCUACAAUGCUGGCUGGGGUUUCCAGAUUCUCAUAACUUUAUCGACCUUGCUGAUUGGCUUCAAUACCUGGAAAAUAUCCCGAUACGCCUUCUUUUCGAUUGUUUGUGCCGGCUCUUUCUGCUGGUACUGGUUUCCUGACUUUAUCUUUCCGGCACUGAGCUAUUUCAAUUUCCCUUGUUGGAUCAAGCCACACAAUACCGUCGUGAAUCAGGUAUUCGGGAUGAGCUCCGGCAUGGGACUCAUUCCUAUCACAUUUGACUGGAGCCAAAUAUCCUACGUAGGAUCUCCCCUGCUAGUUCCCUUGUGGGCAAUUCUUAAUGUUUUCGGAUCCCUCGUGUUUUGGAUCUGGAUCGUGGCUGUUGCUUGUUACUACACCAAUGUGUGGAACACAGGUUACCUGCCGUUCCAAAGCUCCAAUGUCUUCGAUAAUACCGGAGCCACCUACAAGGUAUCCAAGAUUGUGAAUGCUGCCUCGAAUUAUACGUUGGAUGUGGCCAAGUACCUCGCAUAUUCGCCGGUCUACAUGCCAAUCACCUAUGCUAUGAACAUGGUCGGUCUGUCAUUUGCCACUCUCACUGCCCUCCUAGUCUGGGUCGCCCUGAACCAUCGUGAUGUCAUGGUGGAUGCAGCGAGACGAAUUCCUAAUGUUGUGAUGGAAUCACUUCCCGGGCGGCCGAAAACCGUCAAUGACGAUGAAACAGGAGCACCAGAAGUUCCGAUGUGGUGGUAUAUGAUUAGCUGCCUCGUUGCCCUCUUUAUGGCGAUCUUCGCAGUUGAAUACUGGGAUGUUGGGAUUAGGUGGUAUGGAGUUUUGCUGGCUCUAGCGAUUGCUCUAGUUUUCUUCCCUCCGCUUGCCCUUGUCUACGGGACGGCCAAUACCAAGAUCAACAUUGACAUCUUCUGUCGCAUCGUCGCUGGGUUCGUCUUUGAGGGCAGUGUCCUAGCAAAUAUCUGGUUCUUUGAUAUUGGCUAUAUCACGACCAUCAAGGGACUAUGGUUCGCACAGGACAUGAAGCUCGCCUAUUACUCCCAUAUCCCUCAGCGUAAGCUCUUCCUUGUGCAGUGUGUUGGAAUGGUCAUCGGCACGCUGUCCUCUUUGGGUGUUCUGAACUGGGCUCUGCAUCACAUCGAGGGCGUCUGCACCAGUGCCGCCCCCAAUGGAUUCACUUGCCCAUUCUCCAAAACGCACUUCAACACUUCCCUGAUCUGGGGCGCAAUCGGGCCACGUCGCUAUUUCCAGAGUGAAAUCGGUUACUCUUCUCUGUUGUAUUUCUUCCUCAUCGGCGCCAUUCUCCCGAUCCCCGUGUACAUUCUAAGUCGCCGAUACCCCAACUCGAUGUGGAAGCGGGUGCAUAUUCCACUCUUUCUCGGUGGUUUAAAUUUCCUGCCUCCGGCGACUGGAAUGAACUACGGCAGUUGGGCGAUCGUCGGCCUGACAUUUAGCUGGUUCAUUCGAAAGCGCCUUCACGCCUGGUGGAGCAAGUACAACUUUGUUCUGAGCUCGGCAUUGGACUCAUCCGUCAGUGUCGCUGGUGUGCUGAUCUUCUUGACUAUCUUUUUCACAGGGGCGAGCAAGCACUUUAAAUGGUGGGGAACCGAUGUGUACAAGAAUACUUGCGACUGGAAGGGUUGCCCGCAUUUGACGCUAUCCAAGGGAGAAAAGAUCGGACUAUAA